AUGAUGACAGUUGGCAUGCUACUGACUGUCCUGUUUGUUUCAGGUGCUUUGGCUGGUUGUUCAGAUGAAACAGCACUCUUCAUAACUGCAUCAAAGAAGCUGGAAGCACUGAGUGGAUCUUGUUUGCAAAUCCCAUGUAGCUUCAGACCCAAAGAAGAACAGAAAUUUGACAGCACAAGAAAAACCUUUGGAGUGUGGAUUAAAAAUGAUGCUAGAUUUGGCAGAAAUCCAACCAAGGAGAUCUACAGCAGUAAUGGAGCAGUUAGCACCUCUCCAAUGAGUAUUACUGGAAACCUGAGUCAGAGAGACUGCACCACUCUGUUUUCUAAUGUAACCACCACAGACACAUACUUCUUCAGAGUAGAGAGUGAACCAUUUAAGGGGACAGCAGACUGUAACCCUCUACAAAUAACAGUCAGAGAUUCUCCUUGGAGGCCCAAUAUUACAAUCCCAGGUGAUCUGAAGGAGAAGGAGUCUGUCACUAUAACCUGCUCAGCUCUCACUCCCUGUCCACACUCCCCUCCUCAACUCACCUGGAAUCUCCAACAAGACUCUCACAACAAAAUAGAGGAAAACACAGAUGGAAGCUUUACAACUAAAAUCCAGCAGAACAUCACUCUGUCAGACACACAUGAUGGAAAGAAGAUCAGCUGCUCAGCCAGAUAUCCUGUGAACCAAGGAAAAGACACCAAGACAGCAGAGACAGAAGAGACUCUCAGUGUUUCAUAUGCUCCCAAAAGCACCUCAGCAUCCAUCAGUCCAUCAGGUUUGGUGUCAGCAGGCAGCUGGGUGAAGCUGACCUGCUCCAGCAGAGCCAAACCUCCAGUCAGCAGCUUCACCUGGUUCAAGAAGAGCAGAGAUGGAGCUGUGAAAGUAUCUGAAGGAGAGAUUUACAGCUUCAAUGUAACAGAUGGAGGAGUUUAUUACUGUGUGGCCACCAAUGAUCUGGGUAAUCAGACAUCAGCAGAGAUUCAUGUGACUGUUGGAGAUGCUCCUAAAGACACCUCAGCAUCCAUCAGUCCAUCAGGUUUGGUGUCAGCAGGCAGCUGGGUGAAGCUGACCUGCUCCAGCAGAGCCAAACCUCCAGUCAGCAGCUUCACCUGGUUCAAGAAGAGCAGAGAUGGAGCUGUGAAAGUAUCUGAAGGAGAGAUUUACAGCUUCAAUGUAACAGAUGGAGGAGUUUAUUACUGUGUGGCCACUAAUGAUCUGGCUGGUUCAAAUCAAGACGCUCCAACAGACAUAGAGCUGUCAGAUGAGCAGAGUAACAUCACAACACAUCAACUAAAGUGUCUGCAGGAUGAUAAACGCUACCUGCUAAAGCAUUAA